GAAAAAAAGAAAGGAUUCUUGGCUGAGCUCCGAAUUCUACGCCAUGCGCAGCACCCCCACGUCAUCAAGAUACUGUAUGCCUACAUCUUUGACGGCCUCUCAGACCAAAAGUAUGCAGCUAUCGUCAUGAUGCGGGGCAAAACUUUCCCCGAAAGCUUCUCGACGUGGAAACCGGAGAAGAUGUAUCAGGCGAUGGAAUGUCUGGCGGGGGCCUUAGACUAUCUCCAUGCGAUUGGAAUCCGCCAUCGAGACAUCAAACCGCAAAACAUCCUCUUCGACAACAAGAAGCCGUACUUUCCAUACUUUGCCGACUUUGGAAUAUCAAGAAUGGCCCUGAUAAAGACACUCUCAACAACAAAACCCUUUGCUGAGAAGGGAAGGACUGCCCAGUUCUGCGCCCCGGAAGUAGAAGAUGGAGGCUCUCGCGGUCGAUCAGCAGAUGUAUUCUCCUUGGCGACAGUUUUUGUGGAGAUGCUG